AUGUCAGGAAGAGGAAAGGGAGGCAAAGGAUUGGGAAAGGGAGGAGCCAAGAGGCACAGAAAGAUUUUAAGAGAUAACAUUCAAGGUAUCACCAAACCAGCCAUCAGACGUUUGGCCAGAAGAGGUGGUGUGAAGCGUAUCUCCGGUUUGAUAUACGAAGAAAUCAGAGGAGUAUUAAAAGUCUUCCUAGAAAACGUAAUUAAAGAUUCCAUCAUGUACACUGAACACGCAAAGAGAAAGACUGUCACUGCUAUGGACAUUGUGUACUCGUUGAAAAGACAAGGCAGAACAUUAUAUGGUUUCGGUGGUUAA